AUGGCUGAAGUUGCACAAGAAGCAGAUCCUGAACCGCAGGAGCCGGUGGUUGCAAUUGAGGAGCCCGAAGAAAAGGAACAGACGCCGGAUUUGGCGCCGGAAACGCCAACCCCAGAGCCUGCUGCGCCAGAACCGGUGAAGAAGCCAAAGAGGUUGACUUUACAGGAAAGAUUGGCACUCGCGGCCAAAGCAAAGAAAAAGGCACUGGUAACACCAGUUGAAUCGCGGGCGGAGUCCCCAAUUGAGCCUGAAGUGGCCAAAUUUAGUGAGAAAACCGAGACGCAAACGCAAGAAGUUGUCGAAAGGACAGAACCUCCUCCUCACAAUGAAUCAGUCGCAGAACUCCAGGCUGAAUUGGCGCAAGUGAAGAGCAAGUUGGUUCAGGCGACAGAUGAGAACCGAAUGCUUCGAGAAAAGGUCACUAGCAGUGCUAAUACGGCUGAAAUGGACAAGAAACUUGCUGAAAAAGACGAGACAAUCAAACAGCUCAUGGAGGAGGGACAGACGCUCUCAAAGAGAGAACUCAAGCUCAACGAGAGGAUUAGAACCCUUGUUCAGAACAACAGCAAGCUUGAGACUUCGCUUAAGUCCUAUUCAGAGAAGAAUGAGGAAACGUUGCUCAAGUUGAGUGAGAUUGAAGAUGUAAUGAAGACACAUAAAAUCAAGUCGGUCGACCAGCUCUUUGAGCUUCUAAACAAUUCCAAUGCGCAAGUGCAAGAAUUACAGCAUUCCCUCGACAAGGAAAAAGAAUCCAAUUGGGAAGCAAAAUACAAGGAGCUGCAGAAGAUGUACGAGACCGAGCUCAAUGAUAAGAAAAGUUACAUCAAACAGCUCAACGACAGCGCCUUGGAGCUCCAAAUGCUCAAACAGCAGGUCAAGCUAGAUGUGCAAUCAAAAGAAGAGUUGAUUUCGCAACUCAAUAGAGAAAUCGUCGAGCUUCGAGACGAAAACAGUGCCGAAGUCACCAGACUCGAGUCUAAGAUCGAAGGACUUCGUAUGGAGAAUGAGAGUUUCCUCAAAAUGUCCCAAAACGGUGUGGACGCUGGCGAUGACAACGCAGAGGCCCAUAAACAGAUUGAAUACCUGGAAUUCGCCAAACUUUCCGAGACUCAUCGUAACUUGCAAGCACAGUAUGUGUCGUCGCAAGAGAACUGGAAGCUUAUUGAGUCCAACUUGCUCAAUAAAGUUGAUGGGUUGACCUCAUCGUUGGAGUCACUCAAAAAGUCCAAGCUCAAGAGUGCCAACGAGGUGAAGAAAUUGAACUCGCAAGUAUCUGCGCUGGCAGAACAGAUUUCGAAGUUCAAGCAGGAGGUGGCUGUGCUCCGCAACGAGAACAAGGAGCUUGUAUUCCAGAUCCAGGUAAAGGUCAACGAGUAUACCGAGUUGGAAGAGAAACUCGAAGAACUCAAGACAGUGUUCAAUUCUGACAGACAAAACUACGACAUUAAGAUCAAUGCAUUGAACGAAAGCAUCCGCAAGUACGAGGGUCAGAGCCAGGUUUACAACUCGUCGACUUCCUCGGACAAUGUCUCGUCCCUUCAAUCCAGAAGACUUCGCGAUAGUGGGCUCCACAUCAAUUUGGAAGCUCGCUCGUUUAGAAAUUACUCUUCGCAAUCCAUGAACUCGCUAGGUACGCCUAUCCAACAGUGGGAAGAGGCCAAUGCGUCUGCGCCAUUCACGCCAUACGGAAUUGACCAACACCAAUACUCUAGCUCUUCACUCACUGAGGAACUCCAUCCAUUUGAUGCACCUGACUCUGCUGCAGAGACCUCGUUUAACUUUAAAAGCGAGACUCCUACACUUCCAAGCUCUGGUGCAACAAAGAAUGUUCAGCUCAUCAACAAAAUGAGUUCCAGUAUCCGCAGACUCGAGUUGGAACUUCUCAGCUUGAAAGAGGAGAACGAGCAGAUCACAGCGGAGAAGGACACCGCACAACAAGAGGUUAUGGGCAAGUAUGACUUAGAAAAGCAAGUAUCCAAGCUUGAAGAGACCAUUUCACAGUUGCAGAAGGAAGUGGCCGAGCGGUCGAAGAAGGAGGAGACGCUCUUGGAGGUUAUCGGUGAGAAGUCGGAGAAAGUUGCGGAAUUACAAGCUGACGUGGUUGAUUUAAAGGAUCUUUGUCGGCAGCAAGUGCAGCAGAUGAUCGAGAUGGUUGGAAAGUAG